AUGCAACGUUGGAUCAACACUGAAAUAAAUUUGGCUGACGACGACGAUAUGACCGAACUGGUGAACCCUCAAGCUGAUGAUGUUCUCAUCAAUUGCAAUGAGAGAUCAAAUGUUGCUUCUGUGCCCGAUGUUGCAAUUAUUCAAGGUUCGACAACAGUUGGGGAAAACAUAUCUUCGAAUGCAGCGGUAGCAACAACGGCUUCUACUCAUGCCAGAGUCGAAGCUAUUGAUCCACAAGAUCACGACAGACCUCAUCGACAUCAAUCUGAUGGAAACAAUGACGAACAAAGACCAUUAAAUAAUGAAAAUGAAGAAAUAUUCAAAUAUGGCGCAAGUCACGUGGUGAAACUGUUUGUGCCUGUGUCAUUGUGUAUGUUAAUUGUUAUUAUAACAAUCAAAACAACAAGUACAUAUACUCCAGGUGGAGCAACAUGGGCUUAUACACCAUUUACAGAAGACAAGCCAACAAAUACACAGAGGAUCUUAUUUUCAUUAGCCAAUACAUUUAUUUUCAUGGGUUUCGUUAUCACAGCUACCGUCAUUCUAAUUCUUCUAUAUAAGUUCAAAUGUUACAAGAUCAUUCAUGGCUGGCUGAUUUUAACAACAUUGAUGUUACUUUUCUUCUUUCUCUACUCAUAUUUCAGUAGUAUAUCGGCUUCAUUAAAUCAACCGAUAGAUAUGAUCACCAUCUGUUUCAUUACAUGGAACGUUGGUGUUGUCGGCAUGUUCUGCAUUCAUUGGAAAGGACCAUUACGCGUCCAACAAGCUUAUUUGAUUCUUAUGUCCGCUCUUCUGGCACUUGUCUUCUAUAAAUUCCUACCAGAUUGGACAGGCUGGCUCAUUCUUGGUGUUAUAUCCAUCUGGGAUCUUAUUGCUGUAUUGUGUCCAAAAGGGCCACUACGUAUCCUAGUUGAAACUGCUCAAGAACGUGGUGAACCGAUAUUUCCUGCUUUGAUCUAUUCGUCAACUGUGGUGUAUAUGGUAACUGCCAUAGAUUCACCGAGUGAACCUGAAUUUACACCAAUAGCUACUGCAACAAAUACGGCUGUGAAUGUUGAUGCGCCAUUAACUGAAGAACAAAGAAAUGAACGUGCGAGAACACGAAAUAAUAACGCUCGACGUCAGCUAAUUCCACGCUCCGAUGUUCCGCAAACUGAAGAACGACGUGAACAACCCCGAUACGUCGUCGAACGAUCAAAUUCGCCUGUUCCCGUCGAAGACGAUGACGAAAAAGGUGUUAAACUUGGUCUGGGUGACUUUAUCUUCUAUUCAAUCCUUCUCGCGAAAGCAUCCGCACUCGGUGAUUGGAAUGUAACUGUUGCCUGUUAUCUUUCAUUAUUAAUUGGCUUAUGUUUAACAUUGCUUCUGUUGGCGAUCUUUCGUAAAGCAUUACCAGCUCUACCAAUAUCAAUUACAUUCGGAUUAAUCUUGUAUUUUUCCACUGUUUAUAUCAUUGGCCCAUUCUGUGCAGAAUUAAGUCUCAAACAAGUUUUUAUAUGA